AGAAGGAGGACCAGCCUUGCAGCCAGCCAGUGUCCCAGCCCAGAGCUGUCUUCUGGGGAACAGAGGCUGUCCUGGGCCCCCGCUGCCCCCAGGCCUCAGGAGAACGAGCAGACUGCGUGGUCUGGGAGUCUCCCUGGAGCAGAUUCUGUGGCCACAGUCUCCUGCAGAGUGUGAAGGAGGUCCCAGUUACUUCUCCGGCCUGUUCAGCCAAAACCAUCUUUUGUGGCCACCUCCCCGGGAGGCUCAGGGCUCCCACCCGCCAAGGAAGCCAUGAAGAAGCGGUCCAUGCUGCUGGCCCUGGUGGCCGUGGUCCUAAUGCUCCUUAUCAUUGGCCUCUGCGUCUGGCUGCCUGAGACCUUCAAGCCCCACAGCCACGUGUACCCCAGAGCUGCCGUGGCCGCGGAUGCCAAGCGCUGUUCAGAGAUCGGGAGGGAUGCAUUGCUGGACGGCGGCUCAGCGGUGGAUGCUGCCAUCGCGGCCCUGCUGUGCGUGGGGCUCAUGAACGCACACAGCAUGGGCAUCGGGGGUGGCCUGUUUCUCACCAUCUACAACAGCACCACACGAAAGGCUGAGGUCAUCAACGCCCGAGAGGUGGCCCCUCAGCUGGCCUCUGCCGGCAUGUUCAACAGCUCAGAGCAGUCAGAGGAAGGUGGGCUGUCGGUGGCGGUUCCAGGCGAGAUCCGCGGCUACGAGCUGGCACACCAGCGGCACGGGCGACUGCCCUGGGCUCGUCUCUUCCAGCCCAGCAUCCAGCUGGCCCGCCAGGGCUUCCCUGUGGGGAAGAGCUUGGCGGGAGCCCUGCAGAGAAGCCAGGCUGCCAUCCAGCGGCACCCUGAGCUGUGCGAGGUGUUCUGCCGGGAUGGGAAGGUGCUGCGGGAGGGGGACCGAGUGACCAUGCCUCGGCUGGCCGACACCUACGAGACGCUGGCCUUGGAGGGCGCUCAGGCUUUCUACAACGGGAGCCUCACGGCCCAGAUUGUCAAGGACAUCCAGGAGGCCGGGGGCAUCGUGACGGCCGAGGACCUGAACAACUACCGCGCAGGGCUGAUCGAGCACCCACUCAGCAUCAGCCUCGGGGACACCCAGCUCUAUGUGCCCAGUGCCCCGCUCAGCGGGCCAGUGCUGGCCCUCAUCCUCAACAUCCUCAAAGGGUACAACUUCUCCCGGGCAAGCGUGGAGACGCCUGAGCAGAAGGGCCUGACCUACCACCGCAUAGUGGAGGCCUUCCGGUUUGCCUACGCCAAGAGGACCCUGCUUGGGGACCCCAAGUUUGUCAAUGUGACUGAGGUGGUCCGCAACAUGAGCUCCGAGUUCUUCGCUGCCCAGCUCCGGGCCCAGAUCUCCGAUGACACCACUCACCCGGCCUCUUACUAUGAGCCUGAGUUCUACACGCCAGAUGACGGGGGCACCGCCCACCUGUCCGUGGUCUCGGAGGAUGGCAGUGCCGUGUCGGCCACCAGCACCAUCAACCUCUACUUCGGUUCCAAGGUGCUGUCACGGGCCAACGGGAUCCUGUUCAACGAUGAGAUGGAUGACUUCAGCUCCCCCAACAUCAUCAACCAGUUCGGGGUGCCCCCCUCACCGGCCAACUUUAUCACGCCAGGGAAACAGCCGCUCUCGUCCAUGUGCCCGGCGAUCAUCGUGGGUCAGGACGGCCAGGUCCGCAUGGUGGUGGGUGCCUCUGGGGGCACGCAGAUCACCACGUCCACUGCACUGGCCAUCAUCCACAGCCUGUGGUUCGGCUACGAUGUGAAACAGGCAGUGGAGGAGCCCCGGCUGCACAACCAGCUUUUGCCCAACACCACGACGCUGGAGAAAGACAUUGACCAGGCAGUGGCUGCAGCCCUGAAGACCCGGCACCACCACACCGAGGUCACUUCUACCUUCAUUGCUGUGGUACAGGCCAUUGUCCGCACAGCUGGCGGCUGGGCGGCUGCCUCAGACUCCAGGAAAGGCGGGGAGCCUGCGGGCUACUGAGCACUCAGGCAGGCAAGGUGGACCAGCUGCCCAGGGAUGAGAUGUCCGCUGGGGGUGGGGGGCUGGGAGUGGGACUUUGGGGGACAUGCUUCCCCUGUGAGCGGCAAAGCAGUGCAAUAAAUGGGGGCUGCAGUGCCAGGCUCUGGGCGGUCUUGCCGGCCGGCUCCCAAUUCCCUGGGCCUCAGCAUCCUGUGUGAAGUGGGGCCACCUGGCAGGGAAGGAUGGAGAGAAGGGAUUCAGAGGUCUGGACAGCUCAGGCACUGGAGCCAGCCUCAGCAUUUUCACUGGAACGGGGCGGGA